GAGGCGCGUUCACGGUCUAUUUAAAAGCACGCCCACAGGAUUGUCUCCGGUCCGUCAGCGGCUCUCAAACACACCGAGGUCCUACAGCCGGUCCAGCCGGGACAGACGCGCAGUAUGGCGGCCAAGAAAGUCUGCAUUAUCGGCUCUGGCAACUGGGGUUCUGCCAUUGCCAAGAUAGUGGGCGCCAAUGCAGCAAAAUACAGCACGUUUGAUAACACAGUGAACAUGUGGGUGUUUGAGGAGAUGGUCAAUGGACGCAAACUCACUGAAAUCAUCAACAACGAACACGAGAAUAUAAAAUACUUGCCCGGACACAAGCUACCGCCCAACGUGUUAGCGGUACCGGAUCUGUUAGAAGCAGUGAAGGGUGCAGAUAUUCUCAUUUUCGUCAUCCCUCACCAGUUUGUGUCCCGAGUCUGUGACACCAUUAAGGGUCACAUCAAAACGGACGCUGUGGGGAUGUCCCUCAUUAAGGGUGUGGAUGAGGGUCCUGACGGACUGAAACUGAUCUCUGAUGUCAUUAGGGAAAAACUCGGCAUCACCAUGACCGUGCUGAUGGGAGCCAAUCUGGCCAAUGAGGUCGCGGACGAGAAAUUCUGUGAAACUACCAUUGGGUGUAAAAGCAAAGCUCACGGGCCCCUGCUGAAGGAACUGAUGCAAACUCAAAACUUCCGUGUGACGGUGGUGGAAGAGGCUGAUGUUGUUGAGAUCUGUGGGGCGUUAAAGAAUAUUGUGGCAGUGGGCGCCGGUUUCUGCGACGGUCUGGACUUCGGUGACAACACCAAGGCCGCCGUGAUCCGUCUGGGUCUGAUGGAGAUGAUCGCUUUCGCUCGGUUAUUCUGCACGGCCAGUCCGGUUUCUCCCGCCACGUUCCUGGAGAGCUGCGGCGUCGCCGAUCUCAUCACCACCUGCUACGGAGGACGCAACCGCAAAAUCGGAGAAGCGUUCGCUAGAACGGGGAAAACUAUCGAGGAGCUUGAGAAGGAACUGCUGAACGGCCAGAAACUUCAAGGUCCGGCAACCGCAGCAGAAGUUCAUCAGAUCCUCAAACACAAAAACCUGGUGGAAAAGUUCCCCCUGUUUAAUGCCGUUUAUCAGAUCUGUUUCCACGGUCACCCGGUCAAAGAGUUCAUCACCUGCCUACAGAACCAUCCAGAACACAUGUGAACGUCAUUAUGGCUGUUUUAGUUGUUUGUUUUUUGUUCAUUAACACGGUCUAAACGUUGUAAGAAAAUGCUAAAGAUUUUAUUUUGCAUUAAAUGCAUUAUAAAGUCUUGUUUUAAAGUCCUACACUCUCACAAAGUGUUUUUAACAUGUCCUGUUCUGUGACUCUCAGCCAACGAUGCCUUAAAGUGCCUUGAGCCCCCCCAAAAGCAUCGAUUUUAUGGAAAACUAAGUUUUAUAUGCCAUAAAAACAGUUUUUGUUGA